CGUGACCACGUGUUCUAAGGUGAGGAAAGGAGGGGUUUUGGUUUUAACUCCUCGUUACCACCCCGCCACUAAUGAAUAAAUUUCUAACUAGUGGGUAUUGUCACGAACAUAUACUUCUAAAGUCUGUGCGGCGUCUUGAGGUGCACUCAUCUCUCAAGACCAGCCUCUCCACAUACGCAUGACAACUAGUUUUGCCCUGUCUUGGGUUCAUCAGGGAGACAACAAUAGCCUCCGACCAGUUGUGCUUUCUCUCGCAACGAUCCCCUUCAUAGCAUCAUCCUAACUCGCCCAGAAUGAUGCACAGGCAAAAAAAAAGCCUUAUCGCUAAUGUCGCCCCCUUUACCUCUCUUGUGGUAAGACAACCAGAUGGCAGCGUUCUUCAUACGGUCAACACGGUCACCACAUUCUGGGUCAUGACAUUUUCCACCACUCAUAAUGCAGCACGUCCUCGUGCUGGUGAAGAAUGCUUCUCUCCGCAACAUGUAUUGCAACACUCGAACUGAUUGUGGGCCUUCGAAUACGAUACCAUCCUCUGAUGGACACGCUCCAUUCGCAUCUCUUGCGCUAGCCUAUUGUGCCUCACUCAUAUACUGCUUCGCCCCUCGAUAUCAAUCUUCACUCUUGCUUCUACUGCGCUAGUACCUCAGUCGACCUUCACCCUACGCUCUUGAAAGCGUUAGUUCCUCGGUUGAACGGCAUUCACAGCCGCUGCACUCUCCAACCUGUCGAGGUCCCCCACUACAGCGCAACACAUGAGUAUCUACGUUCGGACCUCCUGAUGCACACCCAAGACCGUCUCUCAUUCUAGCAUAGGGUCGGCCCACACUCGACCUAUGCCAUACUGAGAAAGGAACUAGGCUCUUCAGCCUAACCAAGCUCUGAUAACACUUGUCACGAACAUAGACUUCUGAAGCCCGUGCAGUGUCUUGAGGUGCACUCAUCCCUCAAGAUCAGCCUCUCCGCAUACGCAUGCAAACUGGUUUCGUCCUGCCUUGGGCUCAUCAGGGAAACUACAAUAGCCUCCGGCCAGUUGUGCCUUUGCUUGCAACGAUCCACUUCAUAGCCACAUCCUGACUUGGCUAGAACGAUGCACGGGAGACAACGCCUUAUCGCUAAUGUCGCCCCCUUUACCCCUAUUGUGGCAAGACAACCAUAUGACAGCGUUCUUCAGACGGUCAACACGGUCAUGACAUUCCGGGUCGUGACAGUAUGCGUCCUUAAUUUUUCUGUACUUCACACAACUAAUUAAGGUAAGUAACCGACACUUGAAGAUGUUAUUUGAGCAGAUUGUUGCAUGUGUUUAUUCAUGCGUAACUAAGGUGGGUCCAUUAACUUUUAUUUAAUUUGUGGAUUUAAUUUGUUACUCAGUCAUUUUACUCACAAUUGAUCAAGGACACACCACACAUAAGAUUUAGGAGAGGCCUAUAUAUAGAUCGUUCAUUUAUGUUUUUCUCGACAAUCCAUUUCAAAUUCAAAGAAUUCACUUUCUUGGAAUGAGAUUGAAAAGGGGCAUUGCCGAAAUGUUAUUUAUAGAGUUGAGAAAAAUGAUUGUUAAAUAGUAGUUGAAAAAUAUGGUCGUUGGAAUUCAAAUUUGACUGUUAGAAGCCAUUUUUGUCAUAGUUUUCACUUUAUAGCGAGUAUUAGAGUGCAGAGUUCUAUUAACUACCCGAAUGCUAGUGAUUUUGGCUCUCAAAUUUAGCUUGAAUAGAUUGAAAUUGAGUAGUUAGAGUAUAAUUAUGUAUGCACUUUGAAGUGACAGCCUAAAGUGUUUUAGUUGAUUUGCCGGGAUUUUUUUUAUAAUAACAUAUGUUCCUAUGGAUAAGGAAUCUUAGAUUAUUUCUUUUCUAUUUAUUCAUUGUAAUUAGUGUAGUAGUGGCUAGUUUGUUAUCCUCAUUUGUAGCUACGUGUUUACAUGUUUUGUUGUGGAGUUUGGUACUUAAACUACUCUCCUACUCAAUGCAAAACACAACAUUCAAACCAAUUACAUGGUAUCAGAGCUAGAGCUCCGAUCUCCUUAACCUAAUCAAACUCCUCUCUUUCCUUCUUUACGAGUUAUCUUUCUUUCCUUCUUUUUCUUCUUCUUUCUUCUUUGUCCCACGUAGCUUCUCCUCUCUACUGCUGGAAAUCACCAUGUCGACCAAAUCUGGUGAAUCGGUUCUUAAUCUUGAAGACACCAACACCAUCAUCACACUAAACCCUGCGUCGCAGUUCCCGACUAAGCUGACUAGUGACAAUUUUCCUACAUGGGGGGCACAACUCUUCACUCUCCUUAGUGGACUAGAUCUUCUCCGGUUUUUGGAUGGGACUCACCCAGAACCAGCUGCUACAGCCCCUGCUGCCGAGCGACGUCACUGGUAUAGGCAAUACCAGCUCCUCCUUCAUUCCAUCCUUGCAUCUGUCUCGCCUGAUGUCGCCCCAUAUGUCUCUGCUGCGACCUCCUAUCGACAGGCCUGGACUAUUUUAGAGCAGAUGUUUGCAAUGCAAUCUCGUCAGAGGAUUAUGAAUCUUAAGGAAAAGCUUCUUCCCAAGACUCAAGGGAAUCGCCCGAUGGUGGUGUAUCUCCAAGCAAUGCGCACCACUGCGGCCGAAUUAGCGCUUGUUGACUCUCAUGUUAAGUCUGAAGACAUGAUUCUCCUGUCCUUCGUGGGCUUCGCGAAGAAUGCGGCCAGCUUGCAGAAGCCAUCUGUGCCCGCGACACCACAAUUGCCAUCCAGGAUCUUCACGAUUGUCUUGUCGAUUUCAAAGCAGAUCUCGUCGCAAUCCGUGUUCCCAACUCUCCCACUCUAACCACUGUUUUUUCUACUGCUCGUGGUCGCCCCAAUUAUCCUGCUGAUUUUCGAAAUUCUAGUGCUCCUCGCCGCUCUUCAUCCCCUGGUUAUGACGUCUCCUAUAGGCGUGA